AUGUCUUUACGUAAAGGUACUGCUGGGUAUAAAACGAUUGAAGCAAAGUUCUUGAAGGAUUGGGUCAAGAAUAACGCGCAAGGUCUUCCAGAAGCAAACGAAAAGUUGCUUUGGCACGGAACCGAUCAACUCUGCUGUAUUUUAUAUGAUAAGCCAACAAUUUUAUCUUCACCUACAGAUGUGUCUUCGCCAUGUGCUACCGCCAAUUGUCCUGGUUGCGGCAUUCUUAUGAAUUCUUUUUUGAUGAAUAAAGUGGGAGUUAAUCAUCAAGGAAGAAAAUUUCAGAGGUUGGGACAGGGAUUGUAUUUCACGCCGCAUUCGAGUAAAGCACAUUUUUAUGGGCAUUUUGGGGCCAAGUCUUUACCGAAUGAUAGUGAACGAUAUUGCAGAAUUAUGUUUUUGUCUAAAGUGGUUAUCGGUAAACCGUGGGAACCUGAAAAAGUUUCGCAAAAUGCGCGCGGUCCGCCAAAGGGAUACAAUUCGACUUGGGGCCGAGUUGGACAUUGUCCACAUGGUGGUUCAAAGUUGAAUUACGAAGAGUAUGCGGUUUAUCGACAAGAUGCAUGUCUACCAGUGAAUUAUAUAGCUUAUUCUUAUACGUCGAGUAGUGAAUAG